AUGGCUUCAAUGUACUUGUUUGCUGGUUCAGUGAUCCAUAAUUAUAAAAGUUCAAGUUAUUCUUGUGUGGCCGCCAUAACCAGAGGUUGUGACGGUUGCAAGCCAUUAUGUACAUCAUCAAAAUCCACAUCAAUGGUCGUCGUCAAUGUGUCCGAUCAACCACUCGUUAGACGAUCAGCAAACUAUCAUCCCUCUUUAUGGUCCUUUGAUCAUAUUCAAUCACUCACCAGUAAAUACACUGGAGAAGACUACGCCACAAGAGCAAAUAUUUUGAAGGAUCAAGUGAAAUUGAUGAUAAGAAAAACUAGAAAGGUUGGGAAUCCAUUAGUUAAGACCCUAGAGUUGGUUGAUGACUUGCAAAGACUCGGAAUAUCAUAUCAUAUUGAAGAAGAUAUAAGAAAUGUCUUGGAGAUGAUUUACCACGAUUACUACAAACGCCAUGAAAUUUGGAACGAAAUGGAUCUGAACCUUAAAUCCCUUGGAUUUCGACUACUUAGACAACAUGGUUAUCAAGUUCCUCAAGAGAUAUUUCACAACUUUAUGGAUGAGAUACAAAAACUUAAACCACAAUCAUAUGAAGAUAUGGUGAGCCUGUUGAACUUGUACGAGGCUUCAUAUCAUUCCUUCGAGGAUGAAAGCAUCUUGGAUGAUGUUAGAGAUUUCACAACCAAAUACCUCCAAGAGAAUCUUGAGAACAUGGAUCAAAGUAUAUCCUUGUUCGUUAGCCACGCUUUGGAGCUUCCGUUACACUGGAGAGUACCAAGGGUAGAGACCAAGUGGUUUAUUCAAGUUUAUGAGCAGAAAAGAAAUGGCAUGAAUCCCACACUAAUUGAGUUUGCAAAGCUUGAUUUUAACAUUGUUCAGACGAUCCACCUCGAAGAUCUGAAAGACUCGUCAAAGUGGUGGAGAAACACAAGAUGGGAUCAAAAGUUGGGCUUUGCUCGAGACCGGUUGGUAGAGAAUUUUCUAUGGACGACUGGUGUUUGUUACCUGCCCCGUUUUAGUUUAGGAAGAAGAACUUUAACAAAGGUUAAUGCCAUGAUAACUACGAUUGAUGAUGUCUAUGAUGUUUAUGGUACUUUAGAGGAACUUGAAAAGUUUACAGAUAUUAUCGACAGAUGGGAUAUCAAUGCGAUUGAAGAACUCCCAGAUUAUAUGCAGAUAUGUUUCCAUGGAUUCUACAACUCCAUAAAUGAGAUCGCUUAUGAUACAUUGACGAAUGACUCAGGAUUCUUUAUCCUACCAUAUCUAAAGAAAGCUUGGGCAGAUUUAUGCAAGUCAUACAUGCAAGAAGCACUAUGGUACCAUACCGGACAUAUACCAACGCUAAAUGAGUACCUGGACAAUGCUUAUGUGUCAAUAUCCGCCCCAGUUAUACUUAUGCAUGCUAAUUUCUUAACAUCGAUUAGCUCACCCUCGGAAAUCCUACGAUACAUGAAAAUAGCUGAUAAUACCGUCCGUUACUCAUCACUGAUCUUGCGACUUGCUGAUGACUUGGGAACAUCAUCGGACGAAAUGGCAAGAGGAGACGUUCCAAAAUCCAUCCAAUGCUACAUGUAUGAGAGCGGGGCUUCCGAGGAAGAAGCUAGAUUGCAUAUAAAAAAUUUAAUCAUCAAGACAUGGAAGAAACUUAACAAAGAACGAGCCAGUGCAAAAUCUGAAUUUUCACGAGAAUUUAUCGAUUGUGCAACAAACCUUUCUAGAAUGGCUCAAUUCAUGUACUAUGAAGGAGAUGGCCAUGGUCGUCCGGAUGUAACUAAAUCUCACGUUUUAUCAUUGUUGUUUAAACCCAUAUAA